AUGGCACAGCCACUGUGGGACAAGGUGAAGAAGAACAUCCCCCAAGUCCUAUUCUGCACUGGUCUGUUUUUUAUGACCCAAAGUGUCAUGGAAAAUAUGUUGGCCAAGCCUGCUCAAGGUUUAGAGACACCAAGAUCUAGUACUGAGAUUGUUUCCAAGGUUCUCACACAAACUAGUGCAGCUUCUACAUUCCUCAAGAAUGUUGGUAUUGAAAGACCAGUAAGAAAGUCUGCUGCAUCAGCUACAAGAGAAGCACAACUUCGGGAACAGCUACAGGCGGAGAAGCAACGGGCUAAUCUACUUCAAGAAGAAGUGGACACCCUAAAGAAGAAAGCUGAAGAAAUAGAAGAAUCAAUGGACAAUACCCAAGAAGUUGUGCUCAGGACCCAGCAAGAGAUGGAGGAGUUCAAGAAGAAACAAGAAGCUAAUAAACUAAUCCUUCAGCGCAUCUUAAACCUCAACUCAGUGGCAUGGAGUGGUGCUGAGCAAUGUGGGUACUGCUGGUCCUCAUAA